AUGAAUAGCAAAUUCUCAAUUGGUAUGAUGAAUAACAAAUUCCCUUGGCUUUACGAAUUUACUAUGCUUGCAUCAGUUCAAGCCUGUGUGCAUUGCUGGAGGUCUGGAAGGUUGGCAGGCUUGAGCCUGCAUGCGUUGGGCUCGAAGUGGAAGGAUGGGGGCCCUGACCUUGGUGUGCGACGUGGGCUGGCGCUAGGAGAAGGCGCUAGGCCUUGUGCUGGAGCUGGAGUGAGCGGGCCAGGGGGAGAUGGGCUAGGUCUUGGCGUGACAUGGGCUCGAGCUUGGAGGGAGUGGGCUAGGAGAAGAUGCUGGGCUGUGCGCUGGAGGCUGGAGCAAGCAACGAUGGGCUUUGCACGAGGCGUGGACUGCGCAGGCUGA